CACCACUGACAAAGCUCAUUGACGCCACGCUUCUGCUCAGUUCCGCUCUCCUUCAUCUCCCCCAGUCAUCACGGGAUCACAUUCAAAAUGCUCAUCACGGAGAGCCACAAAGAUGUCGCCACUAAGGCUGGCGGCGACAUGCGCGUCUUCAUCUUUCACCCCACCAUUCCAAACUACCCCAAAGCGAAGUUCCCAGGUGUGGUAGUCUUCAGCGAGAUCUAUCAAGUCACGGGUCCAGUUCAACGCUUCGCACGUCAGAUUGCCUCUCACGGCUACAUCGUCGCUGCUCCUUCAUCCUACCACGAAUUCACCGGACCUGAGCCAUUGGCCUACGAUGGUCCAGGAACCGACAAGGGUAAUGACUGGAAGGUAGCUAAGAAGGUCUCGGCCUACGACGAAGACGCUACUCUCUCGAUCGAUAUCCUCGUUGGACUGGAAACAUGCAAUGGACGCAUUGGGGCGACUGGCAUGUGCCUUGGCGGGCAUCUGGCUUUUCGUGCAGCAUUUGAUAAGCGUGUGAGAGCUGCUGUGUGCUACUUUGCGACCGAUAUCCACUCCAAAACGCUUGGCGAAGGCAAGAACGACGACUCGCUGGACAGGGUCAAGGACAUCAAAGGCGAACUCGUCAUGAUCUUUGGCAAGCGUGAUACGCACGUCCCACCUGCCGGACGGGACCUGAUCAGAAAGACUCUGCACGAUGCUGGUGUUGUGUUCAGCUUCUACGAACCUGCAUGGGCACAGCAUGCAUUCAUCAGGGAUGAGUUGAGCAAGGGAAGAUACGACCCAGCGCUUUCGGGCAUCUGCUUCCAGAUGCUGCUAGAACUCUUCGGUAGGACACUGGAUGGCGAUCUUGGCCCACUUGUGAGCGAGACCGGAGAAGUUGAGGAUGUUUGCUAGCGAGUUCGCGGCCACAGUAACGGACAGUCAAUAGAACCAGCGUGAACGAUCAUUCGAUGAUGCCAUCUUCUGCCCACCA